GCGCCCCGGGGGAGGGCCGAAGCGGGCCCCGGGAGAGGGCCCGAAGAGGCCCGCAGGACGGCCGCGACGGGCCAAAGGUGGCCCUCCGUAGCCAUUUUUGACUCAAGACAGGUAGGGCUCUAGCUGCAUUGAAUCCAGCAUCGUGGAGUUUGCAUGUGUCUAGCUGCAUUGGACCCAGCAUCGUGGAGUUUGACUCGGACAGGUUGGGCUCUAGCUGCAUUGGAUCCAGCAGCGUGGAGUUUGCAUGGUGCUGCCGCCGCCCAUCACGGGUGGCCGCGUUGCGCGCGCGGUGGCCCCCUGCAUUCGUCGAGCACCCCCGGGCCUCCCUGUGUUCAGUCUGUUGCGUUUCUGCUUCGUCUCGCCAGAACCAACCAGGCAGGAGUUUGAAGCGCAGUCAAAGAUAUGCGCUGUGACAUGCACGCGCAUAUCGCAGGAGCAGAUCGCAAUGGCCCAAUCCCCGCCUCCAAGAUCACGGCGACCCAAGCGUCUCAGCAUUGUUGUCGACCCGACACCUGCAGAGCUUGGACAUAAGAGAUGUGCAAGGUGUGGUUUUGACAAGGCGCCCAACCAAUACCACAAGGACCGAAACCGAAAAGAUGGACACGCCUCGUAUUGCAAGAAGUGCAUUUCCGAAGCAGGUCGGCAAUGGAGAAAUACACUGCGCGGCACCGUCUGUGGCUUGGUGUCAAAUGCCAGGCACUCCAGCAGGGCCAGGGGCUUGAGUUUCAACAUGUCCUUCGAAGACGUGCUGCGCAUGUUGUCGAAGCAGUCAGGCCUCUGUUUCUACUCGGGGAUUCCGAUGGAAUGCUGCGUCCCAAAUUCUCAUUGGCGAAUGUCCCUGGAACGCGUGGAUAAUUCCGAAGGGUACACUGUGAGCAAUUGCGUGCUCAUAGCAGCCGAAUUCAACUCUGGGGAUGCGAGCCGAAACAAGCGGGGUGUUCACAAAGUCUGUGGUACAGCGCAAUGGUCAAGACAGAAAGUGUCUGACGUGUUCACGCUACGGAACCUCAGCGUUGAUUGUGCCAGGCUGGAGAGGUUGAUUGGCGAGGCGCGCUCUCCACAUUGUGGCCGACAGCAUGUGGGUCGAGAAGCUUGGGGUGCGGAAGUGUGUGCAUCACAUUUUUAUUGUGACCAGUGCACUGAACAGCAAGGCAAUCGCCCCUGCAUCGAUAUAUCCCUCCAUUGCGUUGGUUGCAAACGAGCAACCACCUUCAAAUAUAACCGCACACUCCGAGGCAACAUGAUGCGCUUGAUGGUAAGAGCCCGAAGCAGAGCCCUUAAGCGAGGACAUGGGCUCGAUUUGAAUUUGGACAUAUUGUUGGACAAAUUAUUGCAGCAGCAGGGGCGUUGCUACUACUCAGGAGUUCCACUACAGUAUCUGACCCCGAACUCAGAUUGGCGAGUGUCGCUCGAGCGUCUGGACAAUGCAUUGGGAUACACCGCAACAAAUUCAGUCCUCGUUGCACAUGAAUUUAACACAUCCGACUGGAGCCGUGGCAAAUUGACACAUGCGGUGCGAGGGACUGCACAGUGGUCCAGGGAAAAAGUUGAUCUCGUCUGGGGCGGCACGCGCACUUGCAUCGCGCAGGCAACUAGCUGCACAGCGUUACGGGAAGAAGGACGAACAAAAAUUGCCAAAGGCCGUCCAAUAUGGUUACAAGAUUGAAUGCAAGCUUCCCCACGGUCAGAGGCGAACCGAAGAGGAUCCUCAACAACCAUCAGCGAUUUCCCCUCGCUGUUGCACGACUUGGGCACGUUCGUGUUCUCGGUCUUCAGAGCCUCCAAGACGAAGACGGCCCAAGAGGCCCAAAAGGUCGCGUCAAUAUGGCCCAUGAGGCGCCUCAGAAGCCCCAGAUAGGAGCCCAGGAUGGGCCCAAGGCG